CCAGAGACCCCCACUACGGCGUGAUAAGUAAGGCCUGGCAGCAGCUGUAAGUUGGUCAAAGUUGAGCGUCUACCACCUGCGACUUCGUGAGGUAGUCUGUUCACCUUUUCGCACUGUAACCAAGCUGUAACCGCGCACUCAAACAGUUCGUCAGCAGCUCUAUGGUCAGCAGAAAAUACACCGAUAAAACUACGGUCAUCGCAUCUUGUCGGCUUCUGUGGCCGGUGGGACGCGUGAACAGAUAAAAGCACCAUUGCGAAGGCAUCAAUGCCCAAUAUGGCUGCGCCCGCAUUGUAUACGUGCCAAUAUGCGCGCCUACAGUGACAUGUUUCAGCGCUGAUUUGAAACUGUUAACUGACCGAGACGUAAGACAAGUUCGGAUUUACCUUUGGUGGCUUCCCUCUCGCGUGGACUUAUUUCGUCUUGCACCAAUGUGAUGUGCAUUUCGUGAGCGGACGUUUGGACGGUGCUACGUGCAACACGUGCCUGCCGUUCAUUCAUUCACUCUGUCAUUUAAGUUUUUCGUCGACUGCGUUACGAGUUUUCUAUAUUAUGUUUUGAACGCUGGAGUGGCACUUCGUUUGACACUGCCAACGCAAUGCGCUUUUCCGUGUCUCACGCUUGUAAAAGCAACAGCGGCCGCUGUGGCGAGAUUUGGGCUCUCCAAGGCGCUUCCGACGCUGAGCGCUUCUCCACACCGAUGUGCCUGCUGUACACACAAGCCGGUAGCGUUCCUCACUUGACGUACGACAUGCUCCACAAGAUCAAGGGCGUCGACCAUCACCCGGCGCUGUUCCCCUUGCCUCCCAUCGCCAACUUCUCAAACUCGGUUCAGGAGUUCGGCGCCGGAAUUUCCAAGUUCGCAGGCAUGCCGACGCAUCCAGCUUUCAUCAGGGUUCAGGAUCCCAUGAAGGCGACGCCGUCUGGGUUCAACGACAAGGCCGGCGUUUCCAUCUGGGAUCAGGGUGGUCGCAUUCACCUGAACGUCCCCAGUUUCAUGCGCAUCGUGGAAUCGUUCAAGCCGUCCUGCUACCAAGCGCUUUGCGACAGCGAUACGCCGAAGGAUGCCACGAGGAAAAGGCUUCAGCGCGCCGUCGAAAGAACAACUUCCCUGCUGGAUCAGUGCGUCGCUGCUAAAUCUGUGUCAAGCGCCCUCCGCGACAGUUGCAUUCUCGGAACAGUCGUUGGCGGCUACAGCAGAGAGCACCGCCAUACCUCCGCGAAGGAGAUCGCCAAGCGCGACGUCGACGGAUACGUCAUCGAAGGCUUUCACAUCGACGGCCCGGCGUCGAGAAGCCUAAAGUUCGAAGAGGUGAAUGGCCUCUUGGAGGAGGUCAUUUCGUUUUUGCCCGAAGACAAACCGCGGUUCCUGCACGGCAUACUGCGGCCAGAAUUCAUACUGAAGGCCGCUAUGAGCGGCAUAGACGUCUUUGACACGUCGUUCGCGAACACUGUUACCGAUGAUGGAAUGGCUUUGUCGUUCUGCUGCAGCUGCGACAAUGACAAGGGCCUCUCGCUGAUGCUCGAGAGGGACCUGUUGGAUCACGAACUUGUGCUGGACAUGAAAGAUUGCAAGUACAGGGACCAGUUUGUUCCUCUCCUGGAGGGAUGUACAUGUUACGCAUGCAGACAUUUUACGCGGGCCUACGUCAACCAUUUGCUAAACGCGGGGGAAAUGCUGGCGUUCGUGUUGCUAAACUUGCACAACAUCCAUCAUUUCCUGAACUUUUUCGAGGCCAUCAGGAAGUUUCUGAAGGAGCAGUACUGAAAAUUACAUCACUUGCCCGCAAUCAAACCACAUCUCUGGAAACUCCUAGUAGACGGAGCCAUUGACGAGUAAUAAAAUGCACCAUUCAGAUGAGAACUAAUGGGCAUUUGUGUCAGCCCUUAAUAAAAUUGGACAGCUCAUAACUGCAACAUUCUUGAUGAACAGCGUCACGUGGAUACGAUGCUAACAGAAAAAAAAAAAAGGUGUUUUCUGCAGUUGUAGCAGAAAUGUAGCUGGUGCUGUGAUAUUGUCAUAAAAUUACAAUUUUGGUA